AUGCCUACACCAUCUACAGAGACAUUAAACAUAAGUAUCGGGGUUUACAUUGUAUCAAUCAAUUACUUUCGAGAAGUUGAAGAAAGUAUUUCUCUUACAGGCUGUUUUAUACUCGAUUGGCAGGACCCUAGACUUACGUGGAAUCCAUCAACAUAUAAUAAUGUAAGUGUGUUAAUUAUUGAUAUGGAAAACAUUUGGGUACCUAAUGUAGUUUUACUUAAUCGAGUUGACAAAAUUGAACCAAUAGGAGAUGGAAUAAAAUUCUUUGGAGGUGUAACUAGCACUGGUCAAGUACAAUACGCUCCUGGACUCGUCGCUGAUGUAAAAUGUGUCACAGAUAUUUCCAAAUUUCCAUUUGACAGUCAAACCUGUACUCUUCACAUAGUUCCAUGGGGAACAAAUCUGCCAUACGUUAUUUUCAAGAACUUAUUCAAUAGUUCUUGUAAAUUAGAUUACUACUCUGUCAACUCGGAUUGGAAAUUAGAAGAGUGCAAUAUACAAAUAGAUAAUUCAAAAGAAUAUACUGAAUUAUAUGUCACAUUGAAAAUCAAACGUUCAUCAUUGUAUUUUGCAACAAUGGUAGUCUUUCCAACGUUGCUGCUAGGUUUUUUGAACCCACUGGUGUUUAUUCUUCCAGUUGAAACGGGCGACCGUGUAGGCCUAUCUGUAACACUGCUUCUGUCAUAUGCUAUUUUUCUCACUCUCGCUUCAGCAUCCGUACCGGCAACAUCUAAUCCAAUGUGUACUUUACUUAUCAUAAUGGUUGUCAUUAUAACCAUCAGUGGAGUUAUUGUUUGUGGUACAACUAUAACUAUAAAAUACCAUUAUACAGAAAGUAUGGACGCUAUUUGGUCUCCCUUGAUUAAGUUAACAAGAUGGAGAUUAAGAAGAAAGUUAAACUUGAUAGAACCGAUGGAUCCUGAAAAGGAAUUUUCAAUUACAAAAAAAGACGUCGUGGAUUUAUUGGAUUUUCUGUUUUUCUAUGGAUCCUAUAUUAUCCUGCUAACAGUUGGAAUUGGAUAUUUUAUACACGUUUUGAUCUAAUAUGGUUUGUUUUAUUCGUAUAGGGACAAAUACAAGUAAUAAUGUCUGCUGCAAUAAAAAAACAAAAAAAACAAAAAAA